AAACACUUUAUCCCCACAUUGAAAAAUCCGGAAAAUGAGGACUAGAGGAGGAAAAUCUGACGGUGGUGAUUAUUCGCGAGUUCGGCCUCCUACACAAUCAAAUAGGAGAGCUGCUGUUGAAAAAAGGAGAAAGAGAAAUGAGGAAAGGCAGGCGCCUCAGGACGAGCAGCCCCAGGAUGAGCAGGCACAGCAAAAUCUUAUGUUUGAUGCAGAACAGGAUGAGCAGCCCCAUGAUGAGCAGCCUCAGCACGAUCAUGAGUUUUAUGAUGAAUAUGACCAGCAGCAGCAACAUUUUGAUGAUGAACAUGGUCAGCAGCACCAGCCUGAUGAACCCAUGUUUCUUGGAGGUCCUUAUGAUCUUUCUGUCCUUACAGAUUAUGAGCAUCAUAUUGCAAUUAAUGUGUGGAAUGGAGAUGUUAGUAAAUAA